GGGUGAGGAAUGAUAAUAAAAACAAAGGGGUUAUUACCGAGGGAGGGCCAUGUAUAGUGCAAAAUCCACCACUGGAGUAACAAAUCAAGCUUCCUCUCCAUUGGAAGAGAUAUAUAUGUAGUGAAAUCAUAUCCUGAAAGGUUGGUUUCCAAAGCUGAACUGGUCUGUCUUCACUUUCUUCAACUUUGUCUUCUUCGUUGCAAUUUCUUGGAAUGGAUUUGGUCCACCAAAUUCUAUCUGGGAGCACCUCACCUUCUUCCUUUUUCCCUUGUCGUAUUCUUCAUCCCAUUCAUCGCCUAUGUACCCAAUGCUAGCAGCAUCUACACCACUUGAUCCUGUAAUCCGAGAUGAGGGCAGUUCAAUCCCAUUCAUAAGAAAGCUCUCACAGCUUGUACAAAUUUUCAACUACAGAGGUUUAGAGGAGACAAUUAUUGCACGUUGGGUUGCUGAGAAGCCUCAGGAGGAUGCAACAGAUGUCAACAAGGAGAACACUGCAAAUGAGGCUGGAGGAAAAGAACCUGAGGAUAAGGAGAUGACACUUGAAGAGUAUGAGAAGGUGCUGGAAGAGAAGAGGAAGGCACUGCUGGCCCUUAAAACUGAGGAAAGGAAGGUGGCUGUUGACAAAGAACUGGCAUCCAUGCAACAACUCUCAAGCAAGAAGGACAAUAACGACAUCUUUGUUAAAUUGGGUUCUGACAAGGAUAAGCGAAAAGAAUUGGCUGAAAAGGAAGAGAAAUCCAAAAAGUCUGUCAGCAUUAACGAGUUCUUAAAGCCCGCUGGAGAUAGGUACUAUAGUCCCGACACUCGUGGUAGGGAUGGGCGUGGACGUGAUUCGAGAGGAGGUUAUGGUGGAGGAGGUGAUUCGAGAGGAGGUUAUGAUGGAGUAGGUGCCAAGUGAGAUUAUUAUGUCAUGCCCUCUUCCAUCAAUCUCUACUGUCCUUGUUUGACUAGAAGAAUAAUGGAGUUCUCUGUAUCAAAAAACCAAAAAAAGUUUUUAAUGCCUUAAAUGUAAAUUCCAGGUAUUUCUUCGUGUGUUGUUCCAAUGUAGCUUCCUCCCUCCAUACUACUAUGGUCUUUUUUUAUGUUUUGAAAGUUUGGGACACAUGAAAAUUUAAUUUAUGACUUGAAAUUGUUGUUGCUCAGUUUUGUUUUCAAUAGAUGGAAGACAAUUUAGG